UUAAAUUACGGGUCUUUAAUCGUAACCGGCGCAUGCGCUCGAAUAACCUGCGAUUUGCGAUGUAGCAGCUAGCAGCAGAUCUGUGACGUAGAAUCGAAAAUGUUUCGUUCUAUUACACAUAACGUCCCUCAGGGACUCGUGUCCCUGGUACGCAACAAUGUUGCGGCAUCAGGACCUGCCACUGCUACAUUAAAGGUUGAAUCUAAACACAUGGCUACGGAAUCGUCUGUGCAGGAAACGAAGACUAAAUUGCCAGAGAAACCCAAAGUUGAUCCAUACAGUCCUUUCCAGCAGCCAAGUAACACGGCAGAGUAUGCUUUGGCCAGAAUGGAUGAUAUAUUGAAUUGGGGACGUAAAGGAUCAAUUUGGCCAAUGACUUUUGGUUUAGCCUGCUGCGCUGUGGAGAUGAUGCACAUCGCGGCGCCCAGAUACGACAUGGACAGAUUCGGCGUGGUAUUUCGCGCCUCGCCUCGACAGUCGGACGUUAUUAUAGUUGCUGGUACUCUAACGAAUAAAAUGGCACCUGCCCUGAGAAAAAUUUACGAUCAGAUGCCUGAGCCCCGAUGGGUCAUCUCCAUGGGAAGUUGCGCGAAUGGAGGCGGAUAUUAUCAUUAUAGUUACUCUGUGGUUAGAGGUUGUGACAGGAUAAUACCCGUGGACAUUUAUGUACCUGGUUGUCCCCCAACAGCUGAAGCAUUAUUGUAUGGUGUUCUUCAGUUACAAAAGAAAAUAAAACGUAUGCAAACCACACAAGUUUGGUACAGGAAGUAAUGUACAUGAUGAACAUAGUAAUAAAUGUAUAAAUUAUUUAAAAAUUGUAAGAUAACCGAUACAUAAUUGAGCAAAUAGCGAAGUUGUAUAUCAUUCAAAAAUGUGAUUGAUAAAAUAAAUCACAUUUCAAUAAAAAUAAAUUUUUUUUAUUACCACAAA